CUUAAACCAGAAUAAUAAAGAAGAGAGUGAAAACAACGCUCUGCAAGAAGAGAUUGAAAGAGGACAUGGAAAUCUGCAGGAGUGUUGGGAAACUAAAAUCCCACCUUAGAAGGCAAUUGGUUUUUAUAUAGAUACGCUGUCUUCUUCAAUCUAGAUACUUUGAGAUUUUCUCCAUUUCUGGCUGUGUAGUUCUUCUCCAACAUACACCCUCUUUUUUGCUCCCUCUCUAUUUCACUAUGCAAAGCUUCAAACCAGCUCCUGCUACUGACCCUGAUUUAUAUUGCCACUCUUCCUUCUUUCUCAGGGGAGUAGAUGAAAGUGGCCUAAACCAGACGCGUUUUGCGGAUCUUGGAGAGCUUGAACAACCUUUUCAGAACGAUGCUGUUGAUUUAAGCCCAAGCGCCAUGUUCUGUUUAAAAGCCAGUAACGCUUCUGUUGUUUCCAAUAACUUCCACUGCAACACCUUGGCCACGAGCAUUGGGUGUGUUACAGAAAUAGUAGCUUCAACUGGGACUGGGGGGUGUUUGGAUACAGGUCAAUUUAUAUACCAGAAGGGGACAACGGUUGGUUCCUCGUUGGCAAACGGGCAUAUUGAGAACUGGGGUGAGUCAGGCUCACGCAUGGCUGAUAACAGCCAGCAGACUGACACUUCUACAGAUGUUGACACUGAUGAGAAAAACCAGGUUCAAGGAGUUCAGCGUGGAGCACUUGUAGUUGUGGAUUCCAUGGAUCAAUCCAAGGUUAAAACUGGUGACCAAAAGGUGCUGCGUAGGUUGGCUCAGAAUCGGGAAGCUGCAAGAAAGAGUCGACUGAGGAAGAAGGCAUAUGUCCAGCAGCUAGAGAGUAGUCGACUCAGGCUUGCACAACUAGAGCAGGAGCUUCAAAGAGCUCGCCAGCAGGGUUUUUUUAUUCCAACUGGAGUUUCAGGGGAGCAGGGCCAUUCUGGGACUGGAAGUGGGGCUUUGGCAUUUGACCUGGACUAUACACACUGGCUUGAUGAACAUCAGAGGCUGAUCAAUGACCUAAGAUUAGCUGUAAAUUCUCAUAUGGGUGAUAAUGAAUUACGCCACCAUGUUAACGGUGUUAUGACACAUUAUGAUGAAGUAUUCCAACUAAAGAGCAUUGGUGCAAAGGCUGAUGUAUUUCACAUGCUAUCUGGUAUGUGGAAAACACCCGCUGAAAGGUGUUUCAUGUGGUUGGGUGGAUUUCGUUCAUCUGAACUUGUUAAGAUACUUGGCAACCACCUAGAACCCUUGACAGAUCAACAAUUGAUGGGCAUUUGCAAUCUACAGCAGUCCUCCCAGCAGGCUGAAGAUGCCUUAUCCCAAGGAAUGGAAGCUUUGCAACAGUCUCUUGUAGACACACUUUCGACUGCAACUGUCAGCCCUGCUGGUUCAGGAAAUGUUGUUGAUUACAUGGGGCAAAUGGCAAUUGCAAUGGGCAAACUUGCCAUGCUAGAGAAUUUCCUCCACCAGGCUGAUCUUCUGAGGCAGCAGACACUUCAACAAAUGCAUCGAAUAUUGACAACUCGACAAGCAGCACGUGCCCUUUUGGUUAUAAAUGAUUACACUUCACGCCUUCGGGCCCUCAGUUCACUGUGGUUAGCCCGUCCUAGAGAUUAAUACAGUCUGUUUCCUCAGAACUCUUCCUCGGGACAUUAGAGUAUUUAACGGAGUAGUUAAGCUAUUUAACCUUAUAUUAGAACCCCACGUAAGCAUUGGGAUGGCCAAUGAGAUGGUGAUGGCCAAUGAGAUGGUGAUACUUUGAGUUAAUUGCACAAAGAUAGCCCCAAUUUUGUUCUUGUUCCUGUAUUUAUGAAUUGGCUUUGGCAGUAAAAUACUACCUCAGGGUUUACAGGAUGUGAUUGUCUAGAACCCUGUUGCCCCAUGGUGCAAUCAAAGCACAGAUGAUACCAUUGUCAACUUAUGAUCUGGGACUAACUUCAUAUCAUAAUUCUGAUGCAUAAAAACUGUACUAACAGCUAUUUAGGUACAAUGUUUUCUGGGCUAUAGUAGUGAAAUGUAUUUCUGUCAAUUAAAAUGGUAAUUAUUCCUCUAUGUAUAUGAUUAUUACAGUAAA